GCGUCCCUUUUCGUCCGGAGGCCGGGUUGCUUCUCUCCUGCUCCGGGCGGUCAGUGAAAGCGGUUCCGUGCGAGCGGUUACCGUAACAGUUGGAGAAGAGCAGCAGUAGCCAUGUACAAGAUAUCUACGAACCCUAAGGCUUCUGAAAAUAAAUAAUUGUUCAGGACCUUACUAUGGCAAACAAGCUUUAUAUAAGUUUUCUUCACUUACUUUCCACAUUCUUGUUUUGUCAUGCUUCCUACCCUAGCUUGGAACCCACAGUUUCACAAACUACAGAGAAACUCAUUCCCGAGAAGGCAGCUAGUAUCAAUAUUAGCGUAGCUUUAUGUAGGCAGAGACAUCAUCUUCAGGAGCUCUUCUCUCGUUAUGGGGAGAACAAUACAUUGAAUAUUGAAGGGUUUAAAAAAUUGCUACACAAUAUAGGCAUUGAGAAAGUGAAAAGAAUUUCUCUAGAUCACAAUCAUUACCACCAUCAUCACAAUCAUGCUACGCUCAGGACAAACUCUGACAAAACCUAUUGUCCUAGUGAUGAAUCUGGUAGUGGCAACAAAGAUUUUUUGAAUAAUCCAGCAAAAGAUGUGCCUGGAACAGAGAAUAUGGAGCACCAUCAGCAAGAAUCCAUGAAUAACAAGAGCACAACAGUUGCUAUAACAACAUCUACCUACACCACGGCUACAGAGGACAACUCUCUGCUACAACACUCAGAAACUGCAGAAUUGUCAGCACGCAUAGGCUUUGCCAGCCCCAAUCCCAACAUUGUUCUAGGAAGCAGCAGCAAUUGCUUUAAUGCAUCAGAAAUGAUGCUUUUCCAUGGAAUAAAUACUCAGGUCUCUUUGACAGCCACAGAAUUUAGCUAUCUUUGUCCAGCCAUAAUUAGCCAGAUUGAUGGUAGAAACUGUAUAAUUCAUGCAACAAGCGAAAAGGCUGAAACAGCUCCAAAAACAUAUUCAUUGCAAGUAGCUUGGAUUGGUGGCUUUAUAUCCAUUUCCAUUAUCAGUUUUCUUUCAUUAUUGGGUGUUAUACUGGUGCCACUGAUGAAUCGUGUAUUUUUCAAGUUCCUCUUAAGUUUCCUCGUGGCAUUAGCAGUUGGAACGCUAAGCGGAGAUGCUCUUUUACAUCUCCUUCCACAUUCUCAUGGAAAUCACCAUCAUCAUCAUGAAAAAUCUUUAAUGGAACACAGUAAAGAUCUCCCUUUUAAGCAUCUAGUUUUCCAAAGUUCAGAAGAAAGUGCUUAUUUGGAUUCUACAUGGAAAGGUCUCACAGCCCUUGGAGGACUAUAUUUUAUGUUUCUUGUUGAGCACUUGAUCACAUUAAUUAAACAGUUUAAGGAUAAGAAAAAAAAGAAAAAAAAUGAUGAUGAUGAAUUAGAAAUCAAGAAACAGCUGUCUAAAUAUGACUCUCAGCUUUCAGCAAAUGAAGACAAAAUAGAUGCAGAUGAUAGUAAGUUUCAGUAAACUUCGUUUAAAUAUCUUAUAAAGUCUUUGCGA